ACUCGGUGACGCCGUGUGUGUCUCAGGUUUCGAUCUGUGUGAGGUGGGUCAGGAGGAGGUGGUGCUGAAGACGGGGAAGCAGGCCAGCAGACGCAUCAUGCACUUUGCGCUGCAGUCUCUGCUGGCGCUCUUCGACUCCACAGAGCUCCCCAAGCGGCUGAGCAUGGACAGCUCCUCGUCUCUGGAGUCUCUGUCCUCCUCCCAGUCCGCCUCCCAGCCUCACUCCUUACCCAUCUCCUUCGGCUGCUACCCCCCUCAGCCCUCCUUCUUACCCCCGGUCUGCCCCGACAACCUCUCCUGCGACGCCAUCUCCGUCUACAGCCUCAGCUCCCUCGCCUCCUCCCUCAGCUUCCUGUCCCGGCCCGAACCUGCGGGAAGUGACAUCAUCAGCCAGCGCUCGUCGCAUCAGCAGGAGCUGGAUAGAUCUCGAGGCGGAGGGGGGCUCUACGCCUCGAAUCGCCCCUCUGGCGGCCUCGCUAGAGGUCGACUGAGCGGUCAGGGAGGAGGACUGGCGGGAGAGGGGGAGGAGGAGGAGUACGAGGGGUACUCCAUCAUCAGCAGCGAGCCGUUAGGACGAGGGAGGAGGGAGUGCGACACGCUGCCACUUCCUGCGGGACACAGACACGGCAGAGGAGGAGCUGGGAGGGGGUCUGCAGGGGGUCAUGGGUACCCGGUCACAGUUUCCUCCAAGGGAAGCAUCAGCACGCCGACAUCGCCGAUUAAAGCGCCGCUGCCCCUGAAGGUUCCCAGCAGCCCCAAACCAAAGCAGGAAAU